GUGUUGUGAUUAUUUUUAUCAAAGUAGGUAUGUUUACGUUACAAAAAGAUCAGAUUUACAAACUGAAGCCGAAAUUUUACUAAACUGCUUAUUUUUUGAGUUCAUCGAGUGUUUUUAUGUAUCAAAUGUUGACACGAGCAGCAGCUAGGGCUUUCUCUACAGAAGCCCUCAAAGUUGUCAACAAUGUUGCUAAGCAACAGUUUACAAUAUCACUCCGUGGAGUGGAUGCAUUGUUAAGUUAUGAUAAAAGUGGACAGCACAUAACAUUUAUUAGAACUGAUGUCCCUCAGGAAUUUCAAGGCAAAGGUGUUGGGAAAUUAUUAGCACAGUAUGCAUUUAACUAUGCACUUGAUAAUAAAUUGGAUGUGACAUGUAAAUGCCAUUUUCUGGCCAAGUACUAUGAAGAUAAUCUAAAUAAAUACAAAGCUGUCAAUGUGAAACUAGAUUUGGAAGAAUAAUUAAAAUGGAUUUAUUGUGGUUUAGAUUUAAUGUGCAUUAUUAUUUAAGAGAAAAAUAUUAUAACAAAGCUAAAACACUUGCUUCGCAAGCAUCUUCUCAUUUUCAUGAUACAGCAGAAUUUGACUUCUACAAUGGUUUGGCUAGUAUACUACAAGGUCAAGUACAAAAGGGUAUCAAUGAACUUACCCCACUGCAAUCUGAUAAGGAUAUACAGUUAGCAGUAGUUAUGGCAUUGAUAUAUGGGUAUAAAUCUAUGAAUGUCUUGGACAGAGAUGUGUUAUACAACCUCGAAUCUAAAUUAAAAGAAGAAAAAAAACAAGCAACAGUCAUGUCAUUCUACUACAGUGGACUAUUUCUAUCUUUAGCUGACAAAUAUGAAAGGUCUUCUGAAUAUAUUAAUAAAGCUUUGCGUAAAGAUUCAAACAAUUUAGAAGCUUUGAUUUUGAAGGGCUGGAAUGAUAUGUAUAUGAAUUUAGGUAAUAUACAAAUGUCCAUUUUGGAUUGCUUAGAAUUGGCUUUAAGUAAAAGUGACAGAAAUGUUGAAGCUUCACUUGGUUUAGCAAGAUUUAAAUAUUUUGCUAAAGAUUAUGAAGCAUCCAACUUAGCUCUUGAUAAAUUGAUAGUAAAUAAUCCAGGGCAAGUUGUUCCUCUUGUUGACAAAAUGAAUAAUGAAUUUGCCAUGCAAAAAUGGGAAGCUGUGUAUGAUACAAUGGAAAGAAUAUCUGUUUUAGAUUCUGAUAAUAUAGAGGCAUAUAAAAUUAAAAUAUUUCUUACCCUCUGCAAGAAUUCUGAUUACAUCGAAGCAGCAGAUCAACUUAAUAAACUCUUUUCGAUUCUUGAAAAUGAGGAAACACAUAAUGGUUAUCAGUUCUACAACAUUACACAAGUAUUUUCCAAAAUUUGUGGGAGAUCUAGUGCAGUGUUAUCACAAGUUUAUAGAUUUGCACAAUAUGCAUCUGAAAUGUAUUCUAACAAUGUGGAAUAUUUAUCUGAGGUUGGGUAUCAGUGUAUUUUACAAGGAAAAUAUAAGGAUUCCUUAAACUUUUUUAAAGCAGCAAGUAAGAUUGACAGCAACUCGAUCACUGCCUUGUGUGGACUGACUCUUUGUCAAAUGUUUGAAAAUGGUCCAACUGAUCAAAUAGCACAACAGGUUGAGUUACUAUUUGAAAUGCAAGGAAAUAAGAAGUUACCUAUUCUAUAUCUACUGUCUGCACAGCUUAAUACAAAAAAUUCAUCUCAUGCUAUUUCACUUCUUAAUACAGCAUUUGAGUCAAGAUUGACUUAUGCCAACAUCUAUCCUUACAGUUUGACUUAUCUCAAAGAGUUAGAUCCAGAUUUUCUUUUAGAAGUUUAUAAAGAGUACAGAAAACAUUUACAAAAGAAGCCUUUUGUCAUCGUUGGAUACAUACUGUAUUCUCAAGAGGGUAAUAAUUCUGCAGUAACAAAUUGUUUUAAAAUACUUAACACUAUAUGUGAGGCCUGUCCAGGUUUAAUUUCUGCUUUAUUUGAAUUAGCUAAAUUAAAAUUCUUAUUUGGCUUUGCUGUUGAUGCACAAAAGUUAGCUCAGCAAAUCAUCGAAAUUGAUGGUACCCAUGCAGGCUCACAAAUAUUGCUGGCUCAAAUUUGUGUCCAACAGCAAUCAUUCACUAAAGCUGCACAGUGCUUAGAGAUGUGUUUAAGUUAUAAUUUUAAAAUUAGAGAUAGUUCUAUGUAUCAUUUCCUCAAUGGAGUUAUUCUCAAAAGUGUAAAUCAAACAAAGGAAGCUCUCUCCAGUUUUAUUACCAGCCUUCAUAUAGCGACAAGUAAAACUGGAAGCAAUUUGAGUCGUUAUUAUGAUUCAGAUUUAAAUAUCAUUGAUAAAGCCACAUUAUAUUUGCAAAUAAUAGAACUACAAACUGCUUUGGGGCAGUUUGCUGAAGCAGGGAAAGUAAUGCAGGAAGCGAUACAAGAAUUCUCAUUCACUUCAGAGGAAAGCCGACUAGCAAUUGCUAAAGCUGAUUUAGCUCUAAAGAAAGGCGAUGUAGACAAUGCUAUUGAUGUUCUUAAUGAAAUAAAACCUGGCCAGCCAUACUUUUUUCAAGCGCACAGCAAAAUGGCGCAUAUAUAUCUUAAAGAGAAAAAUAAUCGUGCUAUGUUUACAACAUGCUUCAAAGAGAUAGUCAACAGUCAUCCAAUGUCUGAUGCACACACCAUGAUGGGUGACGCUUUUAUGUCUAUUUAUGAACCAGCACAAGCAGCAGAAUCAUAUGAAACAGCUUUAAAGGGCAACCCUAAAGAUAUACAAUUGAUCAAGAAGCUUGGCAACUCUCUAGUUAAAAUGCAUGAAUAUGAUAAGGCAACUCAACAUUAUGAAAAUGCUAUUAAAGAGUUGAAAGAUGAUGAUGUUAUGUUUGAAUAUCUUGAACUGCUCAUUAAAUUAAAGCAGUACGAUAAAGUUGACUCUACAAUAAGCUAUGAAUUAAAUCAGUUAUACAACAAAGAAAAGGAUAUAAAUUCACUCAAAAGACGGGUGCGUUAUCUCCUUAUACAAGCAAAAUGCAGAGAAAUGAAAAACCCUACUGCUGGUAACACUCAUCUAAUCUUAGCUGAAGCCAGAGACAUACAGACAGCGAUAGUCAAAAGAAUAGAAAUAGAUUCAAGAGGAGACUUUCAAGAAGAAAAGAACAAAUUAUCUACAGUUCUAUGUGCUUUGGCAAAAGUGAAAUCUGUUAAAGAACCAGCUGUCGCGGCAAAUUUAUAUUCUGAAGCAUUGAUUCAUUCGCCAAGGGAUCCUGAUACAUUGCUAGCGUUGGCUAAAUUGUAUGCACAUAUAAAUUAUUCUGAGAAAUGUGAGCAAACCUGUGCAGUGCUACUGAAUGCUGACCCUAACAAUGAAUCGGCGGCGGUUAUGAUGGCUGAUUUAGCUUUUCGUAAGGUGGACUUUGAAACAGCUCAGAGGCAUUUGACUCAGAUUUUGUCUGUGAAACCAACGAGCUGGGAGGCGCUGGCGCAAUUAAUAGAAGUGCAAUGGCGACGUGGCAAACUGACUGAAACGGAGCAACCGUUAGAAGCGGCUAAACAGGCGUUGGUCGAUCAAGAAGAUUCAGGUUACUAUUAUUGUUUGGGGCUAAGCUCCCUCUACAGUGGGAAAGCUAACGCGGCACUGAGGCAGUUGAAUCACGCCCGUCGUUCUACGCAAUUUGGACAUAGUGCCGCAAAGAAAAUAGUCCUUCUUUGUUUAUCGCAACAUGCGCCGGAUAGUUUAGCUGAAACUUUCGCUAACGCUAGUGACGAAUCUGACACACGGUUACUGGCACUGAGGACAGCGGAAAAGUUGCUAGUAGAAGUAUUGCCAGUUGAAAAGAAGCCUCUACAGUCAUUGUUACAACUCGCUACCAAGCAGAAACAGCAAGCGGAACGUGUAUUGCAAGAGUUACUGCCGCUAGCUACAGAAGAAGCAUACCAGGAUGAUCCAUACUUGAUACUUGCCAUUGCUAAUGCGUAUAACAUCAUCAAACAGCCUACCCGCGCGAAAAAUAUUUUGAAGCGAACCAUUUCAUCAAUACCGUGGUCACCAGAAAACGCUGAUGGCUUAGAACGGUGCUGGUUGGAGAUCGCUGAAAAUCAAGUAAACUCAGGCAGACUGGAAGCAGCUAAAGAACUACUAACAAAAAUCCUCAGCCAUAACAACUCUUGUGCUGCAGCUUACCAAUACUUGGGUUAUUUGUCUGAAAAAGAGCAGAAUUACAAGAGUGCCGCCUCUAAUUACGAUAACGCUUGGCAGUAUGGUGGCAAGACUGAUCUCGCAGUAGGAUACAAGCUCGCACAUUCCUACUUAAAGCUGAAGAAAUAUCCCGAGUGCAUAGUCGUUUCCAGGCAUAUAUUGAAAGUUCAUCCAGAUUAUCCGAAGAUAAAGAAAGAGAUCUUAGAAAAGGCUAAAACUAAUUUGAGGACUUAAAGUGUGGCAGUUACAAAAAUGAAAAGAAUCUAAUCACUGUAACGUAACUUUUAGGAAAUUAAAGUACAUUUUACAAUUUAAAGACAA